UGUUGUAGCAACACCACGUGAGCUUAGGACAUUAGCUCAGUGCUGUAAGUUUCACCUACAGAGAUGUGGUCAAGCCUGAGGCGUCUAGUUGAAAGAGAGAAUACACAGCAUGGAGAGACCAGAGCAAGGAAGAAAGAAGCAGGCCCUAGGUCUCACUGGAAAACAUGGAGAAAUCUCUGGUGCUGGGGAAGACACAGGACUACUCGGGAAGCACCAUCCCAACUCUCCACCUUCACUGAGCAGGAGCAGGAGCAGGUGCAGGAAAUGAAAAAACUAGAGAAACUCACCAUUCGUCUACAUGAUAUGGAAUGUGAGAGAAAUGAGCUACGUGGAAUCCUGGCCAAUUACACAAACAAGGAUUUGAACAACAGGCUAAAUUUUGAACUCGAGAUGCUUGAAAUGGAACACAAGCAGGUGAUGUCAGCGCUCCAGAAAUUGCCCAUGGAGAUUAGUGAUGCCUUGCACAAGUGCAAGGGGCUGAUUGAGGAGACUGAAUACUUUAGUUACCUCCAUGGCCGGUUCCUACGAGAGUGCAAUCACCUAAAGAAGACUGUACGUGUGUUGAGGAUCCAGAACACACAGCUGUGGAAAGAGCAGAUUGAACUGCAAAAGACCUGUGAGGAGGUGAAGAAGCUCUUGAAGGAGGCCCAUGAGAAGAUCUGUGACCCCUGUGCUGAGCAGCAGCAGGAAUUUUUAGUUCCCAAGUGA